AUGCUUGCUAUCAGUAUUCUCCUCAAAAAGCCACAAUGUGACAAAAAGAGUCUUGAUCAGCUCCGUGCAACAAUAGCGGCCGACCGGAACAAGUACAAGGAAGAAAUUGUACGGUUGAGCAGACGGAUUGAAAUGGGGCAGAGACGCCAUGAUGGCGAGCUGGCUUCCAUGAUAAUCGAGGGUCUUAAAACCCCAAACCGUCGCACACAACACGAUAUGCCGACCUUUGCGGGUACGAACAUCGCAAGCAACGCUGUGUACACAUGCAUUACCGAUGUGCUCAGUGCCUCUCAGAGUUUGGUCAACGAAUACAAGCGACUAGAUGACAUGAUCUCGAAGCUGCGAGAAGACCAAGCGCAUCCUAUUGCAGAUACAUGGAAACGGGAUAUCGAAGAAAGAGAAAACCAGCUCAAACUGGGAGCAAGAGUGGCAAUGAAGAAUGUGAGGAAGGUUUUAGGAGCUAAGGUAGCAAUCGGUGAUGCGAAGGGACUGACUGAUGAAGAUGGAGACGUGGACAUGAACGUAGGUGGGAAGGUGCAGCUGACUGGUGAGUUGCUGGAGAGUCUGAGGUAUGCGGAAAGGGGAGCCAAGCGCAUGACCAAAGGGCUUCCGAUGAACCAAGGCCGCUGA